CUUAUUACAACUAAAUUUGUUCAAAAAAUUUGAUGAAAAAUUUCAACUUUCCCACUUCAGUUCAAAAAUAAUUUGGUUAAUUACAGAAAUUAUUUGCUAAUUUUCACUGUUUAUGGUUUGGAGUUUGUGAAAUUUUGGUUUGAUUUGGUGUUGGAUCUCAGUUUUGGGAGUUGUAAAAGCUUGGGAUUUAGUUGUUUGUUGAGUUGAAUUCUUGAAUUUUUUGGAGUAAGGGAGGAAAAAGGAGUGAUUUUUAGUUGAAUUUGGUGAGUUUUGUUGGGAAAGUUGUGAUUUUUUUUGUUUGAGCUAGUGAUUUUGAGUUGUGGGUUUUUUUGUUCGAGGUAGUGAUUUUGAGUUGUGUGUUUAUUGGUGUUUUGUUAUGCUGUUGAUGUAGUAAAGAUGGGGUUUUUGGUUUCUUUGGUUGUAGGUUGUUCAGGUCCUGAUUGAAAUUUGGGGGAAAAGUUAGGGUUUUGGAUUUGGAGUUAGGGUUUUGUAAUUGGGUAUUUUGUGUUUGAGUAGAAGAAGAAUUUGAAGUUUUAGUUUGAAGAAGAGAAAUGUUUUACUCACAGUUCAUAUUGGCCAAAAAGGGGCCUUUGGGAACUAUAUGGAUUGCAGCACAUUUGGAGAGGAAACUUCGGAAGAAUCAAGUUGCUGAUACUGAUAUUGGCGUCUCUGUUGAUUCAAUCCUUUUUCCUGAUGUACCGAUUGCAUUGCGAUUAUCUAGCCAUCUUCUGCUUGGAGUUGUGAGGAUAUAUUCUCGAAAGGUGGGUUACCUAUUUGAUGAUUGCAGCGAGGCUUUGCUAAAAGUCAAGCAAGCUUUUCGCUCCACUGCUGUGGAUCUACCACCUGAAGAAUCUAAGGCUCCAUAUCACUCAAUCACCUUGCCAGAGACUUUUGAACUUGACGAUUUUGAAUUGCCAGACAAUGACAUUUUUCAGGGUAACUAUGUGGACCAUCAUAUUAGUUCAAGGGAGCAGAUCACACUACAAGAUAACAUGGAGGGUGUGGUUUACUCAACUUCGAAGUUUGGACUGGAUGAGAGAUUUGGGGAUGGUGACACUUCUGGUUUAGACCUUGAUGAGGAAUUAUUUCUGGACAAGGUUGCUGCUGCUGGAGAUGCUAGUGGGAGUGCGGAUCCUCAAGCAUCUGUUGAACCAAUGACACCAAUCAAACAAGAAGAACACCAUGAAGAGAUGGUUGCAAAUUCCGUGAGCAUGUUUGAUGGAGUUGAUGGAGAUGCUGAUUUCAUGGAUCAUGCUCCAUGUACUCCUGGGUUAGUGGAAGAACCAAAUUUGUCUAACAUUCAGGAAAUAUCAGCAUGUGAGGACCAUCUAGGUCUGGAAGAUCGUCAUUUGACGGAAUAUGCCGUAAAAGCAAAUUCAGUGAAUCUCUCUUGUGAAAAUAACGUGAAAAACGGAAGUGAGCUUCUAGAAAAUCAGGCAUUAACUGAUGUCUCGAAUGCUGAUACUGUUCACUCUGGGGCUGCUGAGGAGAAUGGUUACCAUUUAGGUAACAAGUGUGACAAACAACUCUUGCCAGAUGGUCAGCUGCCUCCAAGUGGAGUUGCAGUGGAUCUUGUGUCACUUGGUGAUCCCGCUGUAGCAUCUGGACCAUCCUCUGCUGCUGUUCAUCAGGCUAAUGCGAAAUCAUCUGUACUAGAAUGUGCGGAUGAGAUUGUUGCUGCAUCUGAUGGUCAAACAAACGAGAGGAGCUCCCAGUGUAUGCUUUCUGACAUGGACAAGGUUGACGUAUCUACCCCUGGUGACUUCCCCGACAAGCCUCCACUUCCAAAUGGAAUUAGUUCCACAAAAGUUAACUAUGAUGUUUCUGCUUUAAGUAGCAUCUGCCAGCCAGUUCGUGAAGAUAUUUCACCGAGUAAUCCGAGAUCACCUAAGGCAGUCUCAAAUAACAUUGCAAUUCCAGAAAACUUGGAUGCUGGUGAAUCCCAAGAUAUAACUUGCUUUGAAACGCCAAAGACUGCUGAUUGUCUGGAACAAAGUAUUUUUGAUGAAGACACUGGUGCCCAGGUUCAUAUUCUGAGUCGAUGUAAUGCUUCUGCUCAACUUGAUGCAUCGAAGUCUAGUUGUGAGCAUGCUGUUAAUAACGAGCUACCAUCUGAUUUUUCUGGUUUCCACCUGCCAGAAACUUCUAAGGAGGGCGCAUUACAUGCUUCAGGUUAUUCAGAACAAAUCUCAAAAGAAAGUCUCGUCAAAGAACCUGUUCCACUUGAAGACAUUCGGAAAGAUACUGACAAAUCAACUGAUCGAGCAGAUAAUGUUGUUCCAGAAGAUCACCACAUGGAAUUUAUGAGCAGUUCAGCUGCCUCUGCCUUGCCAGCUCCUGAAAAAAUUCUAUCAAUGUCAGGAGGGCUUGUUGAUUUACCUCGGAGUAUUUUCCCAGAGGCUACGCCGGAUUACUUGGCAGGGUUCAAUGAGGUGGAGGCUGGUGACAAAUUCAUUUCAGGAAAAAAGCGCAGUUACACUGAGAGCACACUGACUGAGCAGAGUCUCAACUCAGCUGAAUCUUCAAGGAUGGUCCGUUCCAAAAAGUCUGGAGGAUUUAUUCCCGAUGAUGAUGAUUUGCUCUCUUCUAUACUUGUUGGAAGAAGAUCUUCAGCGCUGAAGCUUAAGGCUACUCCUCGACCUUCUGAGAUUACAUCUAGCAAGCGUGCCCGAUCUGCUGUUCGGAUGAGUGCCAGUAAAAGAAAGGUUCUUAUGGAUGAUAUCAUGGUCUUGCACGGAGAUAUGAUAAGACAACAGUUGAUACAUGCUGAGGACAUACGUCGCGUAAGGAAGAAAGCUCCUUGCACACAUGCUGAAAUCUCAGCAAUCCAGAAACAGUUGUUGGAAGAUGAAAUUUUCAGAGCAGCAGUAUUAACUGGUUUGUCGGUGGAAUUGGCUUCUUUACAUAAGCAAACAUUUGACUUGAGUACAGUCAAAGUCUCUUCUUCUAGUGAUGUUAGCUGUUCUCAUGCUGAGAAGGCGGUCGAACCCCAGAUAACUGCUGAGUAUGCUGAAAAUUCCAUCUCAAAUUUGGAGGAACAACGUCAACAGACAAGUGUUGAGUGUGCUGAAAAACCCAUCUCGAAUUUGGAGGAACAACGUCAACAGCUAACUGCUGAGUAUGCUGAAAACCCCAUCACAAAUUUGGAGGAACAACAAGCGAUGGUGUGCAAUGAAUCACAUGUUGAAAGAGAAAGUGGAAAGGAAGGAAGCGAUGAACGGUUUGUAGCUAGAGAUGAUAGCAUAUUAGGAGCUGUUGAGGCUACUAUUCCAACUGAGAACAAGGAAGUUGAUGAGCAUGACCAAUGUUUAAAUAGUGACGCCUCUCAAUUGCGGCCGGAUACUGUCACUGAUGUAGCAGCGGCCAAUGGCUUUCAUCUUGAACCUUCAGAUAAUACAGCAGAAAUAGGAUCUCAGGUAACUUACCUUUCAGGUGCUGAUGCAGCAGAUACUGCCACUGCCGCCAAAGAAUCAUUGGCAUGUCCUAAAAGUGGUGGAUUAGGUGGCGAUGGUGAUAUCGCGGCAGGUCUACCUCUGACAGAUCCAUUUAAUGAGUCUGGAAGGGAAGCUGCUUUUAUUUUACCAGAAGUAUCAUAUGGAUCUCCCAAUCGUGCACCGGCUGCUCAAGCUGAUAAGUCUCUGGAAAAUUUGAAUGAUGAAAACCUUGUAGUUAGUAGUGACUGGCCAGAAAGCAACUACUUUAUUUCUGAAGCUGAAACUGAAAUUGAGAAUAUGGUAGAAGAUGCAGUUCUAUUGGAGGCUGCCCAAGACAGUGCUACAGUUGAAAUUGCAACUAAUGUAGAAGAUAUAGUAGCAGAUGAUGUCAACCAGAGCUUUGCUGAUAACAUUAUGGGCACUGAACAACCCAAAACAGAUGCUUCAUAUGAUGAAACGAAUAUGCAUUUGCUGGAUGAUCCCAUAGGAGCCGGAGAGUAUCCAUGUAAACAAGAAGAUUUCUCUUACAAUAUGAUGGGCACAGAUCUCACGAAUGGCAAUCUGGGUGACCUAAAUGAUCUACAUUAUUCAGCCGCUGGAAAUGAUACAGGGUUUCUGAACUUCGAUGACGAUGAUGAUGAAGAAGCUGAAGCAGCUGAUGAUUAUGUACCAGCUGCUGAUGUUACCCGUAUCACUGAGAACAUUGGAUGGUCCUCUCGUACAAGGGCUGUUUCCAAGUACCUCCAAACCUUGUUUAUUAAAGAAUCUGAGCGUGGAAGAACGUCUCUCUCCAUGGACAGUUUAUUAGUUGGUAAAACACGAAAGGAGGCAUCAAGGAUGUUUUUUGAAACUUUGGUUCUUAAAACAAGAGAUUACCUUCAUGUAGAGCAAGUGAUACCCUUUGACGAUAUCACAAUAAAGCCUGGAAUGAAGCUUAUGAAAUCGGACUUUUGAAUCUGAUAUGUUUGGUAGGGAAGAAAGGAUAUAACAUGAAGAAGUUGGUAAACAGAAAUAUGUAUUUCCUAGUAGUUAGUCAAUUGGGUCAGUUUGUGGUCUACUCUUGCUAUAGUUCAUUCUUUACAGUCAUGUUUUGAUGGUCAUG